UUUUUUAUUAAAUAUUUAAUUAAAAAAUAAAUCAAUGGCAUCAUCAAACAUUCAAAAUCCGAAUCAAAUUUCAAUCACUAGUACACCACCACCAUUAACACAAGAAGAAGAAAUCCGUCAAGUAUCAUCCAAUACAAUUAUGACGGAUCAUUCUUCAGAAAAUUCAUCCCGAGAUGUAAGAUUUCCAACAAUACCACAAAGAGCAUUCACUCGUAUCCGUACUACAACUACUUCACCAACAACAUCUCCAACUGAAUACUUACCUACUUACUCAAUAGUAAUAAGAGAUAUGCCACCAAUAUAUCCAUCCGAUCAAAAUGAUUUGGAUGAAUCUUCUUCACAAAGAGCCGGACUUUCAAGAGAAGGUGCAUAUAUCGAAUCAUUAAUUAAUUUAGAAGCUCCAAUAUUACCACAGGGAUAUUGGCCUAUAACAAAAAAAUUUUAUGUUUACGGUUUUAUAAUAUGGCCAUUAUGGUUAAUUGGCGCUUUUUACAUUUUUCUUGGUGAUGAAUAUAAAACUCUUGAUCAAGAACAAGGAACGAACACAAAUGAAGAAAAUGCAAAUAAUAAUAAUAAUAAUAAUAAUAAAUUUAAUACUGAAAGAUUGAAAUGGGCUAAUAGAUGUUUAUUUAAUUUAUUAAUCAUUACAACUCUAGUAGCUUAUGUUGUUGUUGCUUAUACUAAAACUAAAGGAAAUCUUACUUAGAUAUAGCCAUUAAAAAAAAAAAA